GCGGGAGCGGCGCCGCCAUUUUGGUGCUCGGGAGCGGCGGCGGCGGCGCUCGGGAAGGUGCUGCCACCAUGGAAUACGAGCGCAGGGGCGGCCGUGGGGACCGAACGGGGCGUUACGGGGGUGCCCCACCCCUCUCCGAGGACGGCUCCCGCAGCCAGCGCGACCACGACUAUCGCGACAUGGACUAUCGCGGCUACGGGGGACCCCCGGAGGGGCCCCCCGCUGCCGGGACCCCCCCUCAGGCCUCCUACGAGAACUCGGAGCCCCCCCGGAAACGGGAGCAGCCCCGGGAGCCUCCCCGGGACCCCCCGGCGCUGCCGUUCGGCGCCGACGGCGAUUACCGGGACCAGGAUUACCGGGAGGGCGCCGAGGAGGAGCCGAGGGCCAGCACCAUCGUCAUGCUGCGCAUGCUGCCCCAGGCGGCCACCGAGAACGACAUCCGGGCGCAGCUGCAGGCGCAGGGGGUGCAGCCCCGUGAGGUGCGGCUGAUGCGCAACAAAUCCUCAGGUCAGAGCCGAGGAUUCGCCUUCGUGGAAUUCCAUCACGUGCAGGAGGCGGCCAGGUGGAUGGAGGCCAACCAGGCCGGGCUGACCCUGCUGGGGCACCGCGUGUCCCUGCACUACAGCGACCCCAAACCCAAAAUCAACGAGGACUGGCUGUGUGCCAAGUGCGGGGUGCAGAACUUCAAGCGACGCGAGAAAUGUUUCAAAUGCGGCGUCCCCAAAGCCGAGGCCGAGCAGAGGGGUCCGGGGGGUCCCCGUCCGGAGCUGGUGCCGGGGGGGGGAGGGGGGCUCCUGCCCCUCCCCCAACCCUACGGCCCCACCCUUGGGGGGCCCCCAGGGGGGUCCCAGGGGGGCACCGAGCCCGGAGCUGACAACGCCAACGACACCAUCAUCCUGCGGAACCUGCACCCCCAGAGCAGCCUCGAGUCCAUCCUGGCCGCGCUCGCCCCCUUCGCCGCCCUCUCGGCCGCCAACGUCCGCGUCAUCAAGGACAGACAGACACAGCUGAACCGCGGCUUCGCCUUCGUGCAGCUCAGCACCAUCGUGGAAGCGGCGCAGUUGCUGCAGAUGCUGCAGGCCCUGCACCCCCCCCUGCACAUCGACGGCAAAAGCAUCAACGUGGAGUUCGCCAAGGGCUCCAAGAGGGAUGUGCAGGGGGCGGGGCCAGGGGAGGGGCCCCCCCGCGCCAGCGCCGCCUCCGUCGCCUCCACGGCCAUCGCUGCCGCCCAAUGGGCAUUGUCACAGGCGGCUCCAGGUUCAGACACGCCCUGGGCGGGGGGGGAGGAGCCCAGCGCUGACUUCAGCGGUUUCUACCAAUCGGAGGAGCCGUUCCCCGGGCCUGGCCCCGCCCUCUACGGCCCCGCCUACCUGAAAGGAACCUCGGCCCCGCCCCCCGGCCCCGCCCUGCCCGGCCCCACCCCCAGCAAGGCCGAUGGCCCCGCCCCUGGUCUUCCCAGGUGUUCCCAGGUGUUCCUGAACAUCCCCCAGGUGUUCCCAGAUGUGGGCCCUCCCUUUCCCAGGUCUUUCCAGAGCUACUCGGGGCCCCUCAAGGCCGAGACCCCAAAUUCUGCUCCUGGGGGGCCCCCCCCGGCCGCCCCCCCCAGCGGGGAGAGCUACGGGCAGUACCCCGUGCCCGACGUCUCCACGUACCAGUACGACGAAACCUCGGGGUACUACUACGACCCCCUGACGGGGCUCUACUACGACCCCCACUCGCAGUACUACUACGACGCGGGGGCGGGGCAGUACCUGUACUGGGACGGUGACAGACGAACCUACGUGGCCGCUCCCCCCGCCGAGCCCCCCCCGGGACCCCCCGGGCCCCCCGGGACCCCCAAAGAGCCCAAGGACAAAAGUCUCUGGGGGUCUCAGAUCGCCAAGGACAUGGAGCGCUGGGCUCGGAGCCUGAACAAGCAGCGCGAGAGCGGCCGCAGCUCGGGGCCCCCCCCGGCCCCCCGCGAGGACGAGCGGCGCGAGGCGGCCGCGGCCGACGCCGGCUACGCCAUCCUGGAGAAAAAGGGCGCUUUGGCCGAGCGGCAGCACCUCCCCCUGGAGCUGCCCCGGCUGGGGGGCGACGAGAGCUCCGGGGGGAGGGGGUCACUCCAUAUGUCCCCAAAUAUGAAGUACCGGGACCGCGCCGCCGAGCGCCGCGAGAAGCAGGGGGGGCCCGACCCCCCCGAACCCAAACGGCGCAAAUUUGGGGGGCCCCCCUCGACCCCCGGGGACCCCGAGGCGCUGCCCCGUGAGCCCCCCCCGGGGUCCCGAGCGCUCCAGGGCCCGCCCUGGAGGGACAGCGGGGGACAGGGGAGGAGACGGGCCCCGCCCGGCCCCGCCCCGGGGGCGUGA